UGAAUUAGUGACACAAAUAAUGAUGAAGACUACUAUGAUCAUAAGCACCAUCCUGAUUUCACUUAUCAUCUUUCAAGGAACUAAUUCUGGUUUUAAUAUCUUGGUUGAAGCAAGACAUUUAGCAGACGAAAGUUCUUCCGAGCAUCCCGCAUCUUCUUUACUUGGUACACCAAACAUUGGAAGUUCGUUCGGUGUGAUGAAGACAGGUUUCACUGAAAAUUAUACCACAAAGUUCAAGUCCCCGCCUCCUCCGCCGAAAUCAGCAACACCACCACACCACGCGCCUACACCACCAAAACACAUACCAACUAUCACUGAUCUACUCGACAGAUCUCCUCCGAGUACCCACUACAUAUCUUCAGCCUGAAGAGAGUCGAUUGUGGAAUAGUGGAGUCACCGUGUAAUUAUUUCAGUUUAACUUUCAAGUUUGCAAAGCUCACCUCAACCCGUCAGUUUCUCGUCAAAAGCAUCAGUGCUGAUAGAUCUCACCUUAUAUAUAACGUGGAAUUCAAUGAUCAACAUAGUCAGCCAGCUGGGGUCGUGGUUAUGGUGAAUUUGUCACCCACGUUAACGAUGUAGUUCUCCUCUCAUCCUUUUCGAUGAUGUUGAUCUCCAUAGCUUCUGCCCUUCUUACUAGGGUCUGUGCUUUUUCUUUUGGUCGAAAUUUCAAGGGUUUAUGUUUGGUUUG